AGCUGCCUCUCCCUCUUUCUCAUAUUUAUUUUUUCUCCAUUUCCUACCACAAGCAUGACUAUUAGAUGACCGAAAUAAGGUGAUGAUCGAUGAGGUUGGUGCACAAUAACUACAUUUGAAGAGCAUCAUCUUUGCGACUUUUGUAUGUGUCUUCCAUUAUAAUGAUUCUUAUACCUAAAGUUUCAAGGGCUGUAUAAAGUUAAUAAUCUUUCCAACAGAUCAUUUAGUUUAUUUGGUGAAGAUAAAUUUCCAUCGAAGAUAUUGACAACUAAAUGAAUAUGAACAAGCAACGAGAUAGACCGUCUAAGAAUCAAGGUGUUUUAGGAUGUUGUGUCGAUAGAAAGUGUAGUUUAUAUAUGAUUGAUUCUCUUAUUCAUUAAUGAUGGAAAAUAGAGGACAGAGUCUGGGACAUAAAUGUCUGCUGAAACUUUUUGUCUGAUCAUUGUUCUCUUUCUCAUGGGAAGAAUUUUAUAGUAUAGCGUACAGAAGGUGUUUGAGUAUUGACUUCAACGGCUUGGCGCAUGAUGCAUAUCACUAAUAUCAAUAUUGACUGCUCAAAAACAUGCCUGGUAUUCAUUGCUGAGUUUCAUGAUUGCUGCAACAUCUGCUAAAAUUGAUUAGGUUUAACCAAAUAGAUAUUUGUUAGUCUUCUCUUAAGCACCACCUCUGCCCAAAUACACACAAUGGUUGAAAAAAUACAAGAAUUGAACCCCAAAAGUAGUAAAUAAAUAAGUAAAUAAUAUAUAAACAAAUAAUUAAAUCUAGCUGAUACACCUAAGGUACUUUCAUCCAUCCAUUGGCACCUCUUUCCUAAGGACAUGCCACUUUUUCAUUCUUCACAAUGAACAAAACUAUGUUUUGGUUGUUAACUAGCAUUUUACUUUAAUACCAAUUAUUACGAACUUAUCUGUUCCUCUUGAUACGCCAUCGCCGUUGGCCUCCACCCAUUACAAAUUUGGUUUCGUUCCCUUAAUUAUCUGAAAGAUUUUGAAUAGUCUACACCGGAAAAUGCUGCAUUGAUCACCAUAAAAAAUGUGGCUCAUCGUUCCUUUUUGACCAUUUUUUUCAUGAUAAGCAAAGUGAGAGUUGGUCUAAAUCAAGGGUCUAAAUAAUGGUGCCAGUACUCAUAUCUGGCACCAUGGCUGAUUCAUGAUUCAUAUGGCACAUACCAGGUGGUAUGGCUGGUAUACACAGCUCCUCAAUACUUGGCGUAAACAAGGCAAAUUUGUCCAUAUGUAAAAGAAGUUUAUUUCAUGAAGCUAAAUUAAUAAAUUAACUUAUUGUUCCGCCCUUCAUGCUGCUUGCAAUGGCAUGUUGCUUUUCAAUUUUCCAUCGAGUCCUUAAUUGGUUUAUUUCAAUUUAUCUCAGUCUUACUAAGAUAAUCAUUGGGCUUUGGAGAUAGCUUGCGGUAUUUUGUUGGAGUCCAUGAGUUUGCUGAAUAGAGAGUAUAAUCCAGAAUGUCGACAAAGUAUGUAACCAUCUUGCAGUAGCUGCCUAACUUCUGCUUCUGCUUUUGUUGAGGCAGGGGGUUGUAAUUGUUUCAUGUUCUUUAAAAAAUCGGCAGUCUUUAUCCUACUUUCCAUUCAAGAAAAAAAAGAUGUUGAAAGUUUACAUGGAAGUUACCGAAACUUUGCUUAAGCAAUCCUUGCUAUGUUUGUGCCACCUUCUACAUGUGCAAUAACUUAGCUUUAUUAUUUGUUUCAUUUUAUGGAGCUUCUCAUUAAUGCAGCUCAACCCUGAUGUAAUCUUGAUGAUAUUGUUAUUCGUUUACAGAUCUAGACCAUUAUAUUCAUUAAUGAUUUACUCUUUCGCUAAUCAUACAUUUCAGAUUUUUCUUAACAAAAUUAAAGGGAUGGUGUGAUGUAGGACACUGGGCAGCUUGAUUGAGAUGAUUAGCUUUCAAAUUUACCUCAUUACAUUCAAAAGUUGUUACUACAUCUACAGGCAGAAAGAUAAAUAUGAGGAUAAUUUUUUUCUCAACCUACAGGCAGUAAGAGAAAUAAAAGGAUAAUUAUCAUUCUUGCACCUGUUUCUGGAGCAAUUCUUUUGAUCACUUUAACUUACUUGGCAUGGAAGUUCAGAGAUAAAAUAAAAGCCAGGUAUAUGGAAGGAUGGAAAGAAUAAAGGGAGGCUGCUUGGUGAUCUGAGUUUAAGUACAGAGUUUCCAAUGGACUUCUCUGGUUCUAGUGGAUUUGGUGAAGGGAAGACUGGUCAUGGCCUACAACCUCCACUAAUAAAUUUUGAAAGCAUAGUAGCUGCCACCAAUAAUUUCUCUGAUUCGCAUAAGCUUGGACAAGGAGGUUUUGGUAAAGUUUACAAGGGUAAGCUGCCUAGGGGACAAGAGAUUGCUGUUAAAAGACUUAGUAGGAAUUCUGGCCAAGGGCUAGUGGAAUUCAAAAAUGAGGUUUUAUUGAUUGCCAAAUUACAACAUAGGAAUUUGGUAAGACUUCUUGGUUGCUGCAUUCAAGGAGACGAAAAGUUAUUGAUCUACGAGUAUAUGUCCAAUAAAAGCUUGGAUGCCUUUCUCUUUGACCCAGCAAAGAAACAACUAUUGGAUUGGGAAAAGCGCUUUAACAUAAUCAAAGGAAUUGCUCGAGGGCUUCUAUAUCUUCACCAAGAUUCAAGACUAAGAAUAAUUCAUCGAGAUCUCAAAGCUAGCAACAUUUUGCUAGAUCAAGAUAUGAACCCUAAGAUUUCUGACUUUGGCAUGGCAAGGAUCUUUGGUGGUGACCAGAAUGAAGUAAAUACUAAUCGAGUUGUUGGAACAUAUGGUUAUAUGUCUCCCGAAUAUGCAAUGGGAGGGCUCUUUUCUGUGAAAUCGGAUGUCUAUAGCUUUGGGGUAUUGAUCUUGGAGAUUGUGAGUGGUUCACGAAAUAGUAGCUUUCAUCUUACUAUGGAUUCUCCAAGUCUGCUAGCUUAUGCAUGGGAACUAUGGAAAGAAGGCAAGGCAAAGGAUCUUGUAGAUACAUCUUUACUUGAGUCAUGUUCGCCUGAUGAAGUAUUCAGAUGCAUACUUGUUGGGCUCUUGUGUGUGCAGGACCACUCAAAUGAUCGGCCAACCAUGUUAUCUAUUGUUUCCAUGUUGGAAAAUGAAACAACAAUAAAUCUUACACCCGGACAGCCCACUUUUACUGUGGGGAAAAAGCUAGAUGAAUGUGAUGCCCAAAUGCAGAAUCUUGAGAUAUUUUCUGCAAAUAACUUAACCAUUACCAUGGCAGAGGGACGAUAG